CAAAAAGGGGUUGAUGAUCGUCAAUAUAGCAUUUAUUUGUUGUGUGACGUAUGCGAUGUAUGUGCAUGGAAAUUUGUCAAGGCAUGUGCGGAAAUUAUUGUUAUUCGAUCGAGUUUAAUGACAUUUAAAUGGCACGAUCGAAUGCAAGAAAGAACGAUGUUUGAUCAACGUUAAAUUGAAUGUCAUUUUUAAGGAAGAAAUUAUAUUCGAGGUGAUCGUGAGAAAAGUGUCAGUGAUAAGAAAACUGUAGGUUACAUAGGUUGCUGGCACCAUGACACAAUCAACAACAAGCGGAACUUCUUCACGACGAUAUAUGAGGGAACACGAAGUGCCCUCCUCGUCACGUUACAUGGACAGCGAAUGGGAGUCCAAGGAGGCUUUACGACAGAGGGAACUUGAAGAGGCAAGAGCACGAGCGGCUCAAAUGGAAAAAACAAUGCGAUGGUGGUCAGAUUGUACAGCUAAUUGGCGUGAAAAAUGGAGCAAAGUUCGGAAUGAGAGAAAUGCAGCUAGAGAUGAGGCAAAAGCUCUCAGAGCAAAAUUAGAAAUUGCUGUCAAAGAUGCUAACAGUUUCAAACAUGAGACUCAAGAAUUGGAAUUGCAAAAUGAGCAAAUGAAGAAGGAAAUGGAAAAGAUACAUAUGAUACUCUUGAAACAUGCUGGGCAAUUUGACCAACAGAUUUUUACUAUUUUAGAAUCAGACCCACAAUUGAGAGCUACUUUGGGGUUAGAUGAACAGUUAGAGUUUUAUAGUAAUAUUGAACCUAGUGAUACAUUAAAUACACAAAGGAAUAUGCUAUCCUGUAAAACUUUACAUGAAGCAUCAGAUGUUGCUUCAGGAGGUCAUAACAUCAUGCCAGAAAGAGAUAUUGAGGAGUAUGUUUUGCAAGGUGCAGUACCAAAACAUGCAGUUGAAUUGUAUAAGGAAAGUGCUAGUAAUUCACUAGACAAAAAUAUCACGAAACUAGUUGUGGAUAGUAACUCUAAAAAAGAUUCAUUAGACAAGCAACAAUUGUCUUUAGAUACAUAUAACAAAGAAUCUCUAACUCAGAAAAUGUCAACAUUGCAACUUAAAUUGGAAGAAGCAACAAAAACUAUUUCUGUGGAAAGGGAGGAAAAAGAUUCUUUACAUCGUACUGUGGAAAAAUUGAAAGCUGAACUUAAACAAUUAAGAGAUCAAUGUGAGGAAUUAUCUGAAAGUAGAGCAGAUACGAUGAGAGAAUUAUCAGAGUUAAAAGAGCGAUUUCAACUAGAACUAAAUGAUGAACAUAUCGCCGAUUUAAUAGACGAUACUGGUAAUGGAGAGGGGAUGGAUCGUCGUUUAAGUGAAUUGAGAACUGAACUAGAGAGACUUCAAGUUGAAAAUGCAGCAGAAUGGAGUAAAAGAGAGAGAUUAGAGACUGAGAAAAUUUCCUUAGAACGAGAAAACAAGUUGCUUCGCCUGAAAUUGUAUGAAUUGCAAGAGAAAGUAGAAUCGCGACGACCACGUCCAGUGUCUACAGCUGACACAGACACAAGGCAAUUGCAGCAUGAAAUCCUAGUUCGCAACAUGGUACUACUUGAAGUAAAGCAGUAUCAAGCGGCGUUAAAACAAUCCUUAGCAGAAAAAACAACAGAAUUAUCACACGCGAUGAGACGAUCCGAACAAUAUGAAGUAGAGGUGAAGCGAGUUAGAGCGAGAGUUGAGGAGUUGAAGAAAGAACUUGCUGCUGCUCAAGAUGAGGUCGACGCAGCUACGAGCAACGUACGAAAAUUACAACGAACUAAUGAAGACCUUAUGGAACAAUUGGAGUCUGCAAAUGUGCAAUUGGAACACUUCAGAAAUAGCAAAAGCGAAUCGUGUACAGCGGUCACUGAUGCAGAAGGAGCAGAGAGCAAAAAUUCCAAGUAAACAAUUCCGAUGAAUAUGCUGAAGUUUAUGAUCGACAACAAGCCUAGUAUUUGCUCGUAUCGAUAGCGAUGUGUUUAAGUCAAAUAAUGAAAAUGCAAAUAAAUGAUCUCUCAGUGGGCCUAAAGUAUGCAAUUUAAUGUUUUUGAGGUAGGGGGAGGAGGGGGCAAAUUUAUCUAUUAAGCGUGACGCUUCGACAAAUUAUGUCAAAUUAUUGUGAGUUACGCGUUUACUGUGUUUAAUAGCAAACGUAAAACAUCAAUACUUCCAGUAGCAUAUAUAAGUAAAUGUAUUAUAUAUUGCUGAUAUAUUUUAAUGUAAUAUGCAAUUUUAAUUACUUGUCGAUUUUUAAGAUUGAUGAGAUGAAUUAUGUUGCAGUAUUUAUUUUUUCAGCAAUCAUUUACUCAACUUAAAGAGAUUGUGUUCAUCUUUCUCAUGAUUUUCUGUAAGUAAUCAUUUUAUUGUUGCUUAUAUAUAAAAUUUUUACUUUUAUAAAUUUUAUGAACAUACAUUUUUUUUAAUUUAUUAUUGAGGCGUAUUUUGUAAACAAUUUACAUUCCGCGUUAUUGUUUGAUAUGUUCUUUUUUUAAACUGGUGUAUAUAAAGAUAUAUUACGUGUAUAUUAUAUA